AGGAAGAACUUUAAAUGAGCAUUAUAUCUAAUAUUGUAUAAGAAAUAAUAAUAUUYAUUUCAUGUGAGGCAGCCAUGCGGUCGGAGCGGACACACCAGUACUUUCUCUUGACGUUUGGCUUGGUGAACAUAGCUUAUCAUUGCACAGSUACAAGCCUUGGUACCUCUAAUCGAGCUUUGAGCCUUGUUUUUGACUAUUUUCAAAAGCAAGAGCUCAUUUUAUCACAAGACAUGAAAGGUGCGAAGCAGCAGUCAAUCCAAGUAGAUGACAAAACAGAUUGUAUUUUUGAGUGUAUUGCAACACACUGGUGYCGUUCGGUGAACUUCAGAACUACGCCCUUGAAAAACAGUGGUCGACAUGUUUGUGAGCUUAUUUCUUCCGAUCAGUUUACCAGCAAAGGAAACCUUACACAGAAUGCGGGUGUUGAUCACUACAGUGUUAAGAAUCCUUGCGAGAGAAAGCCGUGUCAAAAUGGCGGCGAAUGCAGCAUUGAUGACGACAGACAAGACUAUCAAUGCAAGUGCAAGACUGGUUUCACAGGGAAGAAUUGUGAAAAUGACAUCGACGAAUGCAAGUUGAGAACGCAUAAUUGCCAUGUUAACGCACGCUGUACUAACAACGUGGGCUCGUACACCUGUCAAUGUAAAACAGGUUACCAAGGAAACGGCCGUUCGUGCUCAGAUAUUGAUGAAUGCUCAUCUGGUGCGCAUGAUUGCCAUGCUAAUGCACGCUGUACUAACAACGUGGGCUCGUAUACUUGCAAGUGCAAAUCAGGCUUCCAAGGAAAUGGAGUCACGUGCUCAGAUAUUGAUGAAUGUCAAUUAAGAACGCAUAAUUGCCAUGCUAAUGCACGCUGUACUAACAACGUKGGCUCGUAUACUUGCAAGUGCAAAUCAGGUUACCAAGGAAGUGGAGUCACGUGCUCAGAUAUUGAUGAAUGUACAUCAGGAGCGCAUAAUUGCCAUGCUAAUGCACUCUGUACUAACAACGUGGGCUCGUAUACGUGCAAGUGCAAAUCAGGCUUCCAAGGAAAUGGCAACACGUGCUUAGCUUCAAGCUUCACUUUUCCAGAGUUUUCCCCAAGGCUGAUCGUUGGUAAAGAUCAAACCUUUUGGGUUUGGUACGGAGAAGAUCUUGCUAAUUAUGACGAAGCAAAUAAUUCGGGGACAACGUGUGCAAAUGUCUUUAUGGAAUAUAGAGAUCWGUAA